AUGAAUAAAGUCCAAACCAUAAUUUUAAAGUCGAAUUUCCGAUUUAAAAGAAAUUUUUCGGAAAAUUGAUGAAAUCCUCGAAAAUGAGCUGGAUAUAUUAAGCAUGAGUCAAAAAAGGUUUGGCAAGGCUGCAAACUUUUAUAUCAUGACGGCAAAUAUAUGAUAAAAACAAAAUACCGCCUAACAUUCUAUGAAGAUACCUGGACCAUUCAUGAUUCAAGAAUCAUAUCAAGGGUCACACCAGACCUAUUAAAGAUGAUCCCUUUCAGCUUUUUCAUUAUUAUCCCUGGUGCUGAGCUGACUUUGCCCUUUUUCUUAUUUAUUUUCCCAAAUAUGAUCCCCUCGCCCUUUUUAAGCAAAACCAAAGAAGAUGAGCAUUGAAAAAAUAUUAUAGCAAAACGAAAAGUUUAUGCAAAUAAACUUCAUAGAUAUUUGAUCGAAAAAAGCAAAGAAAUCAAAGACUUGAAGUAUAAAACGUUUAAGGAAAAGCUUAUUUAUAGGCCGAAUUCUAUGAAAAUUGAAGAUUUAGUUAUGAAUCACCAAUUAUUUUUGAAGGAUUUUAACUUUGGAAAUAUGAAUGCAGAAGAGCUAAAAUCUGUUUGCCGGUUCCUCGGAAUGGAGCCUUGGACUGGAUUUAAGUCUAUUAGUAAACUAGUUUUAUUCCCUUUAUCAAAGUUAUUCAGUUAUAUAGGCCUUGAAAUUCCAAGCACUUGAAACCCUACCACUUUUCCUUUUAACCAAAUCCAAAGGAACAUAGUUAUGUAUCAGCUUAGAAAUUAUUUAUCACAAAAGCGAGGAGAAGAUAUGCUCCUUUUAGCAGAAGAUAUUGAUUUCAUUGAAUACCCCUUACUUAUUGCUUGCUGCCAAGAGCGCGGGAUUGAUACUGAGUUUCUCUCAGACACCGACAUGAGAAAUUGCCUAAAAGAAUGAAUUUAUUAUUCCGCUUACCCACUCACAAAAGGUCCAGUAAAAAGUGAAAUUUUGGUAUUUUCUGUAGCCUUAAAAUAUUUAGAAGAUGGGUAUGAUAUUGGAGAAUUCUUUGAAGAAGAAAAGCCUGAAGAGAUAGAAGACUCUAUUAAUGCUGCAUAUCAAGAAACGAUGGAAAGAAUAUUGCAUUAUGAUAAACGAAAAAUUCUGGAAUUGUUGGAAUUGGCAGAAAAUACGAGUGUGGAACAAAUGAGCGAGAGCCAGAGGAAUCAUAUUAGAGAAAAGCUGACUGAGGUAGUUGAAGAAAAUCUGUUUUAUGAUGAGCAAGAUAGGAUCAAAAGAGUACUUAAGAAGAUUGAGAAUGCAUUGAAUAGGCCUGGAGAGAUUAUUGAAGGUCCAGAAAAAUCAGAAAAUAAUAAAAAACCACUUAAUUAA